GCCUUCUCGUUAAGAUUAGACAAGGAGCACACAGGUGAGGCGUCAGUGCAGACUGCUCUUCUCAUUGUCUCACUAUGGACCUGCCAUUUUUAUUGCUCUGUACUCUGUUGGAAGUCCUGGCUGUAAAGUGUCAAGAGGAGCCACAGGAACGCAUAGUGGGAGGAUACGCUCCUGUUCCACAUUCAAUCAAGCACAUCGUGUCGAUACAGACAAGACAGCGUCAGCACUUAUGCGGGGGCUCCUUGAUAAACAAGUUCUGGGUAAUCACAGCAGCACACUGUAAUGUUGGGGUGGACAAAAUGAUGAUAGUAGCAGGAGACUACUCUCUGGCCAUCUAUGAGGGCACAGAGCAAGAAAUCCUGCCCCAACUUCUGGUUCCCCACCCUGACUACAACAGCACCACCACCAACAACGACAUUAUGCUUAUAAAGCUGAGGGCCCCAGUCUAUCUGAACAGCUACGUUUCCAUCGCUCUGCUGCCACGACACGACGCCUCCAUAGCGGAGGGCAGGCUGUGUCGAGUGUCAGGCUGGGGAUACACCAGCCCCACUGGAGGCCAGAUCCCCUCCACCCUCCGAACUGUCAAGCUCCCCAUCGUCUCCACAGAAAAAUGUAACAGCAGUGAUUCCUUCGACGGCACCAUCACAGCAAACAUGCUCUGUGCUGGCUUCAGCGCUGGAGGGAAGGACGCCUGUCAGGGGGACUCUGGGGGUCCACUUGUAUGUGAGGGCCGGGUCUAUGGUCUGGUGUCCUGGGGAAAAGGAUGUGCUGAACCCCAGUUUCCCGGAGUCUACACUGCUGUGUCCAAGUUCCGCAGGUGGAUAGACAACACAAUCUUUAGUUACUACAGCAGGUGCAACGAGGACUAAAACCCAGUGUUACUGACAUUAAAAACUCUCAGUGGAGACUCAAGGUUCUACAUUUCAAUUUCUUUGAUUUAAUAUUUGUUGUUUUUACCAUUUGUACACAUUUGAUUUAUGUUAAUGUGUUAAAGGAGUUGUUUGACAUUUUGGGAGAUACGCUUACUCGCUUUCUUGCGCGCUGUGUGCUCAGUAUGAACAGCUAGCAGCCUUUUAACUUAGCUUAGUGUAGAGACUGGAAACAGGAGGAACAGCCCUGCUAAAGCUCACUCAUUAACACAUGAUAUCUUGUUUGGUUAGGACUAUUUGUUGGUGCUAAGCUAAGCUAAACAUAUCCACUAAACAAGAGAGUGGUAUUGUGCAAAUUAAUCCAUUUUCCAAAAUGUCAAACUAUUCCUUUAAGUUUUCAAGCUUGAAUAUUUAUCAUGUCUGUUGUUGAUCUGUUUCACGCAUUUUAAAAAACAAACACCCCUCUGGUAAUAAAGAAAGGACAUACUAACCACAUUUCCACAACGUGAAGAAUGAGGUGCCAUAUCACAGCUUAAAUUGCACUAAAUCAGAGCUCAUGCUGAACUAUGUGAAAUGCUGUGAGCAAGUGCAUGCACUAUUUAACCGUCAGGUGUAACCGAUGCUACGACUGCAACAGCCAAGAUCACAGCGACUAACACUAUAACAGCAACAACUGUACAUUAUACUGCAAUCCGAUACAGGGGACCUGAAAAACACAUUUGUGAAGCUUGUUCAGUUUUAUUAAAGGGACAGUUCACCGCAAAAUCAAAAUACAUAUUUUGGUGUGAGUUUCCAACUGUUGGAGAUAUCAGCCGUAGAGAUGUCUGCCUUCUCUUGAAUAUAAUUAAAAUAGAUGUUACUCAGCUUGUGGUGCUCAAAGCGCCAAAAAAUAUGCUUGAAAAAUGUCUCUUUCCAGAAAAAAUGACCCGGUUACUCAAGAUAAUCUACACACCUUGUUGUAUUUUCCUUCUAACAAGUACACCCACCAAUCAUAUCACCGGGCAGAAGGAAGUGUGCAUCUACUCAUGGCUCUUGCUCACGACAGCGCGAGAUGUAAACAUUAAUGACGUCCUCCUCAGCUGACCUGUAACCUUAGCUAGCUCAGUGGUGCUAGAUGAGCUAGCAGUAGCUGCACGCUUCCUUCUGCCUGGUGAUAUAAUUUAGAAGAUAAUUUUGCGAGAGUCGAGAAAGUCGCAGUACCAUUUAGCUUUGUGUAGAAACCUCUCUGUUAACCACAUUUCUCAUCUUGCGCAAUAUCCAUCACCAAAACUGUAUUCCAAGCACAAAUGUAACAGUAGCCAUGUUUCCAUCAGCCUGUUUAGAUGCGCAUCUAGAAGUAUCGCAUCGGAAAAUUAUAAUGGAAACGCCAAAAUUUGAAUUAAAAUCCCCUGAUUCGCACAAACUAAAAUACGCUCGCUUUAGCCGGGUUUUGGUUGAUUCGAAAAAAUGCUGAUUCGCAAAAUGGGGGAUGGAAACAGUUAUGUUCAAAUUAAGUCUGACGUAGCGCACCUCUCUCCAUGGUGAUAUCCACACUCCGGGUCGGGAAGGCGGUAAUGCAUUUACAAGCUGGUUGUCAACCGCCAGAAAACGUAGAAGAAGAAGAAUGCAAGACUUGUUUUGUUUCCGGUUCUGCGGAAAACUCUGUACAUUUAAUGGAAACACACAGGAUUCGUAUUUCUUUUAAUGCGCAUUUCCCAAUGAUUCGAAUCACUUUUGGAUGGAAACAUAGCUAAUGUCUGACGUGAUGUGUUUUAUCCUGUGACUCUUUGUGUGAGUACACUUUGGUGGGAAAAACACAGGCACAUUGCAGUGAAAGAUGCAGAACAACAACCACUCCACCCAGCUUGGUCAUGGCAAGGUGCUGGAAUCAUCUCUAAGUCCAGACUAGUAAAAAAAGGUUUCCACACGCUUACAUCUAUGCAGUGUUUCACUUUACUGUUGAGCCUUCGGUCUAUUUGACCUUCAUCAGAGCAUACAUAAAGCAACAAUGGACAGGCUGGUAAAAGCAACCAAUCUCAGUCUAAUCACUGGCUGUAUGCAGCACACCUGUGUACAGCCAUGGUGGUAGAAACUCCACCUCCUGGCAAACCGUGGGGCACACAAACGCAAGCCACACUUGUCUUGUCACACAGUACCAGAAUACAAAAAAACAAAACAAAACACAACAAUUUUUUUUUUCAAUUGCUUUCAAUUCAAGCUUUUCAAUUGUUGAGCUUAUGUCUGCUCUGAUCAAGGUCUAAUAGACUGAAAGCUCAACAAUAAAGUGAAACACUGCAUAGAUGUAAGCGUGCGGAAACCUUUUCCUACCAGCUGCAGUGAAAGAGAAGGCGAUGGCAUCACGACUUGUGUCGUCUGUCUAAUUACUUUCACAGUCUUAUGCUUCCACAAUUUGGAACUUUCUUGAGCUGCAACAUUAUCUUUAAAUCGACAAAGAUAUGUGUAAAUCAUGGCACAAUUCAAGCAGGAUCAAAAAAUAAGGUCCUGGUCACAUAGUGGUCCACCAGAAUCGUAGCUCUCUAAUACUUUGAGUAACAACACUGUGGUUUGUUGAGAGACAUUGCUGUGAGUUUUAUUUUUUUUGGCAAUUUGAGCACCACAAGCCGAGUGCCAUCUAGUUUUAUCCUAUUGGAGAGAAGGCAGACAUCUCUGUGACUAAUAUCUCCAACACUCUGCAACUCACUCAAAACAAUCUAGACUGAUAAACAGCACUACAGGUGAGAGGAAAAAUAUUUUGUUUCAGGGGGGAACUGUCCCUUUAAGACCGGACAUGAAAUGAUCAGAAAACUAUUUUGAUAAUUGAUCAUAUUUCGCACUUGUUUGUGGGUUUGUUGUUUUGGAUCGCAAAAACAAACAUCAAAUGGUAAAAUGAAUGCUUUUGAUCAACUCUAUUAAAACUGAAUGAAGGCACAAAUAAUGCACACAUGGAUUUAUGUAUUCUUUAAAGUCACGUUUAAUCACUAUAAGACCGUUAACACUCACAGAAUUUCUGUCAAUCUGAAUGUGAACCUACUCAGUUACAGCGAUUCAGAAUCUAUACACUGUGUGACUGUGCAUGUGUGCAAGUGUGUGUGUGUGUGUGUGUGGAGGAAGACAAAGCAGCUGCCUUUUUUUCUCAGCAUGUUCUUUAGUUUAAUUAGUAAGUCGAUGAUCACUGCCAAUUACAUGUGGUUUAUUUAUGGAGUAGUGACGUUUUAAACUUGGCACUAUACAAAAUGCACCUUGAAGUGUGAGAGUUGAGCAAACACAUGCAAAUAGGUAAAAAAAAAAAAAGAGAGAGAUUGAAACUGUGAGUGUGUUAUGAAACAAUGAGAUGAGCUGUGGUGUUUUAUACACUUUAAUAAAUUACUGGUCAUCACACUCUCUGGCUGACUUGUUUAUUUGUAAUUACAACACAGAUAUCACGGCUCAGAGGCUCAUCGACACUCCUCUGUAGUGGAGCGGAUUACACCGAACUGUUUGGACAGAUAACUUCUA